AGCGGUUAUCAAAAUUAUGACAUUUGACAAGAUAUUAAUUCCGAUUUCCGAUAUUGUCCACGCGUCGAAAUAUACUUGUCGGGCUGAAAGUUAAAUGUCUUCGGAGUGGUUUGAAAAUAUAGGGCGACCACGUUUCGUGGUUGCACCUAUGGUCGACGCUAGUGAAUUGGCCUGGAGAUUGUUAUGUAGAAGACAUGGUGCAACACUAUGCUAUACUCCUAUGCUUCAUAGUAAUGUAUUUACAAAAGAUCCAAAGUAUAGAAAAGAAAAUUUUACUACUUGUUCUGAAGAUCGUCCUUUAAUCGUUCAGUUCUGUGGUAAUAAUCCAGAAAUAAUGGCUACUGCUGCAAAAUUUGUUGAAAAAGAUUGUGAUGCUAUUGACAUUAAUCUUGGUUGCCCACAAUCUAUUGCAAAACGUGGUAGAUAUGGGUCAUUUCUUCAAGAUGAUUGGCAGCUAUUGCAGCAAAUAGUAUUAGAAAUGUCAAAAGCUGUUUCAGUUCCGAUUACAUGUAAGGUGAGAAUUUUUGAGAGCAUUGAAAAAUCUGUAAAAUAUGCAUUAAUGUUACAAGAAGCUGGUUGUAAAUUAUUAACAGUACAUGGAAGAACUAGAGACCAAAAAGGCCCUUUGACAGGUAUAGCAAGUUGGCAGCAUAUUAAAGCUAUUAGGGAAGCCAUAUCUAUACCCAUGUUUGCAAAUGGUAAUAUACAAUGUUUACAAGAUGUCCAAAGAUGCUUGGAUUACACAAAUGUUGAUGGCAUUAUGAGUGCUGAAGGUAAUCUUACAAACCCUGCAAUUUUUCAAGGAGUCAAUCCAGUAACAUGGGAAAUCGCAAUGGAGUAUCUGAAUUUAGUAGAGGAGUACCCAUGUCCUACAUCUUUUAUUAGAGGUCAUUUGUUCAAGAUAUUUCAUAAAAUUUUUACAUUUGAAAAUAAUAAUGAAGAAAGGCAAUUACUGGCUACUGCCCAAAAUUUAAAAGAUUUUAAAAGUGUUUGUAUCAAAAUAAGAGAUAAGUAUUUACUUUAUCAUAAAGGUGAAUUAAUGUUUGAUAACAAUGAGGGCAUAACAAGGAUUGCAUUUAAUUUAAUCUUGCCCCCUUGGUUAUGUCAACCCUAUGUAAGAAUAUCACCGGAGGAACAUACUCAAAAGAUGGAGAGACUUAGUAAUAAACAGGAUAAUGUGGUGAAAAGGGCAAACAAUGAUUCAGAUGAAAACAAGAUUUCUAGAAAAAAGAUGAAAAAAUUCAGAAAAAUAAUGAGAAGACCAGUUAAACCUGAUCUUGAGCAACAGAAUAGAAGAAAUGGAGAAAUUUGUUUCAAUGAGACAUGUCCUAAUCCUCUCGGAGGAAAAUGCGUUUAUCAGCUGUGUAAGAAAUGUUGUAAAAACAAAUGUUAUGAAGAAGACUUAGAUUGCAAAGGUCAUAGGAUAUUGGUACAUACGCGACGCGAAAUGGCAAAAAAGUUUGCUUUACAGAAAGAUAAGGAAGUAUGUUGAAUAACCGCUGAUUAAAUAGUGAAUUUUAAUAUUGGUGCCAAUUCUAUUGAACACAAUUUUUAAACUUUAGUUUACUAUUAUAACAGGAAAAUAAUGCCUCUCGUAUAGGUUAAUUAAGAGAAUGUGUGGGUACAAUAGAGUCAGCAACAUUACUAUAGACAUUGUGACAAUUAAACAAAAUCUGUUUACAUUUCAAAGUAAAUAUUUUUAUGCUUUUAUGAAUUAUGUAUAUUACUGUAUUGAAGUACUAUAAUACAAUUUUUAAAUAGCUUAAAAAAGAGCCCUAUAUUUUCUAGUCGAAACCAUUAAUUAUAAUGUCAUCUUUUUUAUGGUCCAAAAAUUAUAUCUAUCAAAUUAGUAUAUUAAUUAUUAUGGGGUUCUAAAAACUUAAUAACUUGACAUAACAAGAAUAAACAACAUUCUGGCAUAAAUGUUUUAAUGGAUAAAAUAUUUCAAAUUAUUUGUGAUGUAAAAUACAAUUUAUAUAAACUUUCUGCUAAAUUGAUAAACUUUUAAGAUCAGAAUAUCUACUCAUUUGUAGUAGUAUGUUUGAUAUUACUUUGGUUACAUUCAUAUCAGUGACGGUUUAUUAAUGAUAAUUAAAAAAACGCAGAAGGUAAGAACCAUUUAUAAUAUGCAGGUGAAUACUUACCUAAGUUCUCUUGAUAUUUUAUUCAAAAUGCCGUCCACGAAGUCAUGCUUACUUAACAUUAAUUAUUGUAUGCUUGUAUUUUUAUGUAAAAAGCAUAUAAUACAGUAAGUACAUCAAAGUAAUUUAAAUUAACUUUCCUGUAUUAGUUUUUUUUAUAAUAAUAAAAAUAAAUUCUUUCUAA